CAGUCAUGUGAUGGGGAUAUAGUACUACGCGAGGAGAGCGAAAGGACACAUCGCCGGCCGGGUUGCUGGCCGCCCAUCGGGACCCUGUUUGCCUGCGGGCGAUUCUCAAGGACGCCGCUUGCCACCCAGCCCAUCAUCUCCUUGGAGGGGUUUAAUCCAUCCGUUUUAUUUUUUGCUUCUCUCUCUCCUCCCCCACCCAUCUUCUUAAAAAAAAAAAAGAAUUAAAUGUCAAGAGGAGCUGCUGCCUACUGGGAUCUUUUUGCAGUUUAAAUUGUGGGGGGGUGUGCUGUCCCCCUCCUCACGCUCACCCUCGGGGGUUGACUGAAUAAAUUCAGGUAAGAAGCAAAUGACACGAUUGUGACCCAUAAUAAGUGGUUGGUGGUGCACGAUGCGGGACGGGAGUGGGGGGAGAAGGAAAGGAGAACGGGGCGGGGGUAAACCUCAGUGCAAGAAAACGCAGCCAGUUUCUAGUCAAGGAACCGGGCAGCAUGCUUGCUUUAUUCUGCGCGUGCAGGAAACGCUAAGCAAGAAGGCGAUCGGUCGGCGGCGGCUCUAGCCUGGCGAAUCAAUAUAGAGGGCCGCCGGAUCGAAGGAUCGAUUAGCUGGCUUGGCCGCCGGGGCGACUUGCGCGCAGAAUUCGAGGAAUGUGGACGGAAGGGAGGCGAGGCGAGUCCUCUUUGCGGCAGCAGAUGGAGGCAGGACGGGGUGCGUGUGCGCGCCUUCAGAUGUUUACAGUGAUCGGGUGCGGGAGGGAGAGAGGGCAGAGACUCCUUUCCCGGAUCCUGGCCGUGAAGGGCGAGAGAUCCUCGCCUGUGCGGAUCCUGAUCUCCGCUCCUGGCGCUGGAGAGAGUCGGCGCUCCCCACCAUAUGCGAAGGCUGCCUGGCUGAGGAGUUUCAGCAGCAAGGCAACAUGCGGCCAGCGCUUUCCCUUGAAUAAGAAACAAACGUGCAGGUACUUCCCCGCUUCCUCUCUUAGCCCACGGCGUGCAUUUCGCUUGCCACGCUGGAAAAGAUCCGGUUACUGAUCCUUCCUCCUGUACUGUUAGGGAUGCCCUCCUUUUCGCCCCCCCCCAACCCCGCUUUGCCUUUAACUUGCACGCUUGGCUCCUUCCAGCAGGUGUUUUAAGUGACUCUGGUUUGUUUCAAAGCUUCACCGCUGGCUUUCUCUCUGGACCCCCCUCCCGCUCCCCCAGGGGGUGAAACGCAAAAUGCACGGCUAUGGGACAAAUGGAUGGGCGCUGCAGAUGGCGGUGGCUUCGGAGUUUAUGUUAACGUGGAGCGCCUAGACAGGACAAGACAGCUGUGGUUGCUGUGUUAAGUCGAGAACAGGGCAGAGAUGACGAAACCAGCAGGAGGCUGUCUUUCUACGUGAAGCUAAUUUGUGUCCUGCGGUAUGGUAGGGCAGCAGCUUCCGAGCUGCAAAGAACCUUUCGUUGGAUGAAGGAUUCUGUGCGAUUCCAAAGCUUGCACAGUCUGACAUCAAUAUUGGUAUAACCGAAUCAAGAAAAGAGGUCGCAUUUUCUUACUGGGAAGCAAAUCAUGCAACCUGACAACUAGAAGGGGCUCCAUGUCCUGUAGUCAGUCCCAAAUCCUGCCUUAGGAGUAGGCAAAGUUGGAGCAGCUGUAUCCCAACACAUACCUAUUGAGUACCCCUCCCCUUCAGUGCGUCUUACAAAAAGAUGCUGCACACCCUUCCUAGGAAGUCCAGGACUGUUUCCCAUAUGGAACUUCUCCAUGGGGAGUGCAGGGCAUGGGUAUGUGAGACCACUGUAUGCCAUCAUGUGAGAAAAUCAUGGGGUCAUUUGGGCCACAUGUCCAUGGCGUGGCUUUCAAGCAGAUGGCAAAAAAGACACGUUGACUUUUAGCGCAUGAUGGCGAAUCGAAAAACCUCCCUUGUUUUGCCUCUGAGGCACAUGUGGGUAACCCAGGGGCCACAUGAUGUGGCCCUGGAGGGCCUUCAGCACUACCUGAUGUGCAUGCCCCAGCUGCUCCCACUGCCAACCCCCUCCCAAAAAAUGCCACAAGUUGCUUGAAAGCAUGAGUGUGAUGUGCAGGGAGGCACAUGGGGAGCAUUGUAAAAUCAUAGAAUUGUUGAGUAGGAAGGGGCCAGAAGAUCAUCUAGUCCAACCCACUGCAAUGCAGGAAUCUUUUGCCCGACGUGGGGCUCAAACCCACAACCCUGAGAUUCCGAGUCUCGUGCUCUUACCAGUGGAGCAGUCCAGUUUGAAACAUGCAUCCUCUUCAUGUAUAGCCCAUGCUCCUCCCAGCCUGCCAAACAGCUGUUUGGGUGACUGGAGGAGAGCAUGACUCUAAUGGGGACGAAGGGUGCAGUUCUGUUGCCGAACUGCUGUCCGAGUUAGGAAAUGUUUCCCCUUCACUUGCAACGUUCUGCCUCUUCUGCCAACCUCUUUCUAACAGCGAAGGGGCAUCUGCUUUGCAACCCAGCUUCAAUCCUUGGCAUUUCCAGGUGGGAAUGGGAACACCCCCUCCCUCUGAAAACCCUGGAGAGCUGCUGCCAGUCUGUGUGGCCAAUGCUGAGCUGGAUGGGCUUGGAAUACAAGGCAGCUUCCUAUGUCCUCAACUUGAGGGUGUGAGAUAUUUGACAUACUGGAGAGAGAGAGAGAGAGAGAGAGAGAGAGAGAGGGAGGGAGGCAGAAGUUCUGCGGCACACAGCACGGUUCUGUUUACUGGUUUCCCUGAGCAACUUUUGAGUAGCUUAUGAGGAUGUAAUGUUGGGGAAGCAACCUCCUGCAGCAGCAACAGGAGGAGGCAGCUGUGCUCUGCUAUGGCUGUUAUGGUAAUGUUGAAAGAAAGGAGAGAGAGAGAGAGAGAGAGAGAGAGAGAGAGAGAGAUGGUUGCAGGGUUACUGUCGGUCAUUGCAAACUUCAGAGGCCAAAGGGAGGGAGAACUCCACCAGUCACAGUGUGUUCAGUCAGCCUCUUUUAAUACCCAGCCUUGUGAAGCUGAGGUUGGGUUAAACACACUCGGCUAUUUAGAGGAAGCAAAAACAACCCCCCCCCCUCGUCUCCUCGCACUAAAACCACAGCCUGGUUCUUGAAGGGAUAUGAAAUGUAUCCCUUCUCCCUUUCUGUGCCGCCCCCCUCCCUUGCUUAGUGCAAUGAAUCCCGGAGCUUUUAUCCAUUCACCUCUUGACAGAUUAGCACAGACAGGCUUGGGACUCCAUGUGUGUGUGACCAGCAUGAAUGUCAAAGCGGAAUGUACACAAUCUAGAGGCCGGGAUUAAAGUCUUUGGCCAUUAUUGCUGUAAACAAAGUCUUUCCUCCUCUGGAAAACAAAGGAGAAUGGAUGCGUUUUAAAGCCAGUUGGCUUUUGGCGAGAAAGGGGAUUUCUUGGCCCCCCCCUCCUCCCACCGAUCCUCCUCUGCUCCUGUCCUGCAGAAAUUUUGACAAGGCUGUGAAAAAGAGGGGUGUGCGUGUGUGUAAACAAGGCUAACCGGAGCAUGUUUUGAUAUACUGGAGCACCUUCCUUCCUCUCCUUUAUUAUCAGGGAUCUUGAUGUACUGCAAGGCUACCAGCCUAUAGAUAAGUUAUGUAUUCUUAAUGUCUAAUUGUGAAUAGAGGGAAUCAGGAGAAGGGAAGAGGUCCCAUAUAUAUAUAGAGAGAGAGCACUCAGCUGAUAGAGCAUGAGACUCUUAAUCUCAGGGUCAUGGGUUCGAGUCCUACGUUGGGCAAAAGAUUCCUGCAUUGCAGGGGGUUGGACUAGAUGGCCCUUGUGGUCCCUUCCAACUCUACAAUUCUAUGAUUCUUUGGUGGACAGUAAGGUGAGAUAAAGGUGCUGGGAGGGUUUUCCAUGGAGAGAAAGGAAAUACUUUGAACCUUUUUGUGUGGGCAAGGAAGUAUUUCUUAUAUCCAGCUAUCUCAGAGUAGAUCCAUUGGAAUUAAUGGACCUACGUUAGCCAAGUAAUUUCGUUGUCCCCGAAGGGGGCAAUGACAAUAAAGAUAUUAUUAUUAUUAUUAUUAUUAUUAUUAUAUCUAUCAAUUUCAAUGGGUCUACUCUAAGUAGGACCAACACUGCAUACAACUCAAUUUGCAGAUGUGCUCCUGGUUUUGUUUGUUGGUUUUUUUUAAAAAAUCUUUCCAGCCAUGAGAUCUAGAAACUUGCCCUGUGUUGUAAAAUGUUAUUUGGUGCUGGCUGGAAUCGAGAAGCUGCCCUUGGUGCAGCUGCAACCAUGUGCAGUGAGAGCAGACCCUGAAGUUGUUGCUGUGCACUGCCCAGUGUGCCUUUUCUCUUAAGCAUUUAACUGGCACCACCAAGCAGUCAUGUGCUAUGCAGGCUGGAGGCUCCUUAAUCAGGAAACCUUUCUUGCCGCAUUUAACAGCAAGCGUAUUUUUAAACCAGCCUGACGGCAGAUGACAGUAAAGGAUGACGACAACUCUGAUGAUGAUUAGAUGCUAUAUGCAUCUCCUUCAUCCCUUUAUGCUGACCCAGUGCACACAGCAGAGCGUACGAUGGGGCUGUAAACAUACCUCUUUUGAUGCCAGAUUGUCAGCUAGGUUUAAAAACAACCCAAUCUGUAGUCUGGGAAGUUCGAUUUGGAACAACAACAACAAUAAAAAGACUUUGGCUCAAAGCUCUGCUCAGCUGUGAAGUUCUGUCGGUGGUUUGCGGCAUGUCCAGUCUCUUUUUAAAAGAAACAAAAGGUGCCGGUACUCACCAUGAAGUUGCUAUAGUAACUGCCACACUUUUAACAUGGGGGGGGGGAGGUGCCGGUACUGCUCGUCCUUGAGUACCCCCAGAACAUGUCAAUAUUUCUCAGGCAAACCUACCUUUCAGGGGCACUGUGAGAAUGGAAUGGGACAACCUCAUGUUUGCUGCCCUGAGCUGAUGGGAAUAAGGCUGGGAUACAAAUCGAGGAAUUAAAACUGGCUCAUCAUUCGCAGUUGCUGCAACUCUUCUAUCCUGUUGCAUUUCUUCACUGCUGGUAGUCCAGUACUCCUCCAUUCUGCACUUUGAUCUGUAGGCUUUUUCUCAAGGGUGUAAAAUCCUACAGAGCAUUACAAUAGCUGCUAAUAAAAUACGUUAUCAAGGCAAGAUUAUUUCUAGAGGGUCUGUGUUUGGAAAGAUUCCUAAGAGGUCCACUCUGUCCUUGUGUCAUGAACACAUGUGCCUAUGCACACAUGCUUGCCCCUGUGUGCCUGCUCCCCAAGGAAUCUGUAGGAUCUCAGCCAUCCAGGUUCAGCAGCGGAAGAGAGCUUUGGCUCUUACUGCCAUGCAAGUGCAGCAGUUCAGGUGUCUGUCUCUCUAGAAGGAAACUGGUAGCUACUGAAGAAUAGCACUCCAGGGUACAUUGGUGUUUGGUGUGCAUAGGUCUAUAACUGUUUCCUGCUGCUGGUGAUGCCAUCUUUGGAAAUUGAGCCUACUUUUGUUUGCCUGGUCCCGCCUCUUCAUUUACAUAUUUCCAUUCAAAUGUUUGCAUCUUGGUCAUGCUGCAGAUAUCCCUCCAAAUAACCCUAUUUCCCAGGGGUGUCCCUCAUUUAGAGAAGCCGUCCCAGUUCUGAUCUGAUCUCAGAAUGUCCCACUUUUCCUUAGGAUGUCCUGAGAGACCGACAUUGGCUCCCAGUAUGUUUCCAGGCACAAUUCAAAGUGUUGGCGCUGACCUUUAAAGCCCUAAAUGGCCUCAACCCAGUAUACCCGAAGGAGCGUCUUCACCCCCAUUGUUCAGCCUGGACAUCAAGGUCCAUCUGCAAGGGCCUUCUGGCGGUUCCCUCAUUGCGAGAAGUGAGGUUACAGGGAACCAAACAGAGGGCCUUCUCGGUAGUGGCACCCUCUCAGUGGAACACCCUCCCUUCAGAUGUGAAGGAAAUAAGCAACUAUCUUACUUUUAAAAGACAUAUGAAGGCAGCCCUGCUUAAGGAAGUUUUUAAUGUUUAAUGCUUUACUGUGUUUUUAAUAUUUGGUUGGGAGCUGCCCAGAGUGGCUGGGGAAUAAAUAAUAAAUAAUUAUUAUAUUAUUUUCAUUGGAGAAACGUUGGAGGAUAUGGAGUUAUCUGACCCCUGAGCUGUCUGAAGGCAAUCCUGUAUAGAGAAGUUUUUUUAAUGCUUAAUGCUUAAUGUUUUAUAAUAUUUUUAUAUAUGUUGGAAGCUGCCCAGAGUGGCUGGGGCAACCCAGUAAGAUGUGUGGGGUAUAAAUAGUAAAAUUAUCAUUAUGGAAUGGGGCGUCCCUAUUUUCAUCGGAGAAAUGUUGGAGGGUAUGUAUAUACAGAGCAUGUAUGAGAAGGCAGAGGAAGAAUUGAGACUGGGAUGUGGUCUAAGGGCGUAGAUCACAGGUAUCCUAGAGGCCAUGUAGAAUGAUAAUAGGCCCUUUUGUGCAUGCAGAGCUACACACAUAGGUCUCCUCCAUGUGAGGGAAAAUCCUCACGUGAAAGAGCCCUGUGGAUGUUCACCUGUGCACAGAUAUUAGGGCCCAGUUAGGACAGUGGAGGAAAGCAGAGCUAGCAAUGCGGCACCCUUAGAUCACAAGGGAUGGAGGGAGUUAGGUCUACCCCCCUACAGUCAAGCAGAGGCCGGGAGUUGAGUUCCCUUGGUGGAAACAGAUCCAGCAUUGGUCCACACUGGCUUCUUGACUUGGCACUUUCCCUAUACAGAAGCAAUGACAUUUGCAUGCAAAGUAAUUCUGCUGUUUAUUGGGAUUCCUGGGCUGUGGCAUUCCAAUGCCCUGAUGCAAGGACUUUCUUGAAGGUGCAUUGAUGAUGUCCCAAUGGGACUUGUGCAUUCCCUCAGCAGGUAUCCCUCUUGGUGCAAUUGGUUGUAGUAGGGAGAACAUAGGUUUAGGGGAUUACGUUGCAUCAAAGAGAGGAGAUGUUGGCAACCCUAGAAAGUAGCUGUCAGCAUAUCCACAGCUGUUUAAAAGGCACCAAAUUGGAUUAUACUGUUAGCAGCAACAUCUCUCUGCUCCCCAGUCGUCCUCUAAUGUUCCCUGGAGUGACAAGCAGCUCAAGUUUUGCAUAGCUUUCUGCAUUCUCCUCUGAAUGCUUACUCUGAAAUACAGCAGUGCACAGGCAUGCAGUACAUUUGCUGCCCUUUUAAUAUUUAGCUGGUGACCUAAACAGGCAACUGUUGUUCCCAAAACAAGGCAGCUCUGAAAGAUCAGUAGCAAGAAAACAAUAUUGUGAGGAUAUUGCGGAGGUUUGGAGUACUGUGGAAGGGUCAAUGUGCUUCACCCCAGAGCUGACUGCAUUUCAGUUGCAGAGGGGAAAAAACCCCUAUUAAAAAACAUAAUGAGAACAAGAACAAACUAAACCAUAGCAAUAACCCCCACAAAACUUAUUCAUGGAUAAACUGUUGAAAGUGGGCAGGCCUCGGUAAAUGAAAAUACAGCUAUGUAUUUUCCCCAUGACUCUAACAUUACUAUUACAUACUUCUUUAAGAAUCUCCAAAAGAGAAAAGGGAAAAAAAAGAAGGAUUUGGUCAUUAGCAGGCAAGUGAUGAAUCCAGCAUGUUCCUCCAAUACCCAGAAUUCCCUUUGGCUCCAGUGACAGCUCUGAUAGGGCAAGGAAAGUGGUGUAAGUUCUCACAUCUGCCUACUGACCUCUGUGCCUUUAGGGUUUCACCCUUCUGCCUCCUCUUGGCAUUUCUUCUUUCACUGGAGGAGAGAGUACUGAUUUGCGCCAUAUGGAUAUGGGAAUGUAAGAUGAAUAGCAGCUGGCCCUGUGCUAGAAAGCAUUCUCGUCAUCUGCCGACUCUCAUGUCAUUCCUCCCCCUCCCUCCUCCCCCACCCCAGAACCUGAUUCAAGGACCCUGUAUUCUGAUGAAAUCACGGAGAUUAAUAUUGCCCUUAUCACUGCUUGAAAUGCUAGCUCCUGAGCUGACAAGGACAAUUCGAAACAGCGUUGGCUGACGAUUCUCCAGAUGUGGUUGGCUUCCAAGUACUCUCAGUUCCUGCCAGCAUGGCCAAUGGUCAGGGAUGCUGUGGGAGCUGUAGUCUAGCAACAUAUGGAGGGCCACAAAUCAGCCAUUCAUGGUUUAAAAUGUGCCCUGAAGGUGCAAUCCUAUACAUAUCUGUUCAGGACUAAGCCUUACAGCAUUAGCUCCCAGGAUUUGCAAACCUGAUAGUUUCUGCCUGUUUUUCUACCUAUUUCCCUGUCCAUUCCAUUCAGCUUCGUUCCACUUCCUGUAUGUUUGGCAUGCACACUUUCCUUCUAAAAUGCUCCUUUUUCCUGGCCCUCUGCAUAGCAACCUGGAUACAGUGCUGUUUUCUGCACUUUGGUCACAGUCCAGUACAGAGUUAGGUAAGAUUUCAGUCCAUUUGCAUGAAUGGGCAUAAGCAUGGAAGUCUAAAAGAGAGACGUGCAAACCAAAUACCCUGGGACACAUCGUAGGCCCUUGCCAGGAAAUAUUAGGGAGGCCACGUGUCCUACGGAGGACAGCCCUCUGUUGAAGGCGUCCGAGUCAAGUUUAAAGAUAAAGAACCCAUCAGAAGGAAGAGCAGGAAGAGCCUUGAAGUUGCCCGUCAACAGGGGACGCCUGGGCAGCAGGCUGGGCAGGCAAACAGGCCACCUUCCCCACUGUAGUAAAAGGUACUGUAUUUCUACUUAAAUUAUAGUACAAUGGUUUAUUAUUUUGUAUCUAUGCAUAUGAAUUGAAUUCAUGCAGAUUUUAUGCAAAUCAAAUGCAUGCCCUCCUUUGGUGAGGCAUAGACUGCCAUUUGAGAGUUAAGGCGCGCCAGCAUGCAUUCCCUGCAUUUUUGGAGACAUAUGUUUCCCAUUUCCCCCCUCCCUCCUGCAUGCCAUCUGCAACACACCCCAGUGGAACUUGUGAACUGUGCAGUUCUGCUCGGAAGCAAGUGCCCUUAGCUUCAGUGGGGGGCUCCCUCCAUGGUAAGGUUGCAGCUUUGGACUGUGACCAAACUGGGGCAGGAUUCAUUAAUGCAUCUCUGCUUUGAAAUGCUUCAUCCCACCACGUGGCACUCGAAUGCCUGCAGAGGAGCUAAUGAAGAUCAUAUUAAAAUGCCUAGCGCUGCAUUUUGAUGUCUUUUCCUCCCAACAAGCUUUGAUUCAAAACGAGAAAAAGAACAAGCUGGCAGCUUGCUGGGCAUCUCUGGGGAGGAGAUUCUGUAAGGAGGAUGCUAUUACUCAGAAGACCUUCCUUACGCCAGAAAGCAUGGCACUCAGAGCAGGGUGUCUUCCAAAGAUCUGAACAUACUGAACUGGUGUGUACACUCACUUGUGUGUGCUGGCAAAGUUCCCUUAGGACAUCAUAGAUUAAGACAAUCCCUUGUGUGAAUUGUGCCCAGAAAUCCCUGGUUGGUUAAUCGCCUGCUUGCUGACUGAUUUGAUCAAUUCAUUGACGGCGUAUUACCAAAACUUCUGUCGGGGAAUAAGGAGGAUGAUAUUACUCAGAAGACCUUCCUUAUGCCCAUUAUCAGGGUGAUUCCCCAUCCCCCACAACAUUAAAGGGAGUGUGAGUUUAUAAUUUUAUAAGGAAAUGCCAUCUUUUGUAUUCCACCCCCCCCCAUUCCUAUUACACCAAUAUACCACAGGCUGAAUAAACACAUGUAUGCUCACCUUUCCCUACUGGUUAAUCAGCUAAAGCUUUAGUUGAUUAAUCUAUCAAACUGAUUAAACCUGCAGUCCUGGGGUGCAAAUCCCAUUUGAUUCAAUGGAACUCACUUAUCAGUAGACAUGAACAGGGUUAAACUAUAAACCUGGAGCAGUACAAAGGAGAAAACUCUGGAGGUUCAGAUCUGAUCUGCAGCAUCCUUAGGUAAUUAACCUGUGUAGGUGAAGAAUCCCCUUUACUAUUCAUAGUGAUUAUUAUGCAAAAAGAGGUGAAAAUGCAUUGUGGAAUGGAUAAAUUACCAUACACCGAGAGGCUCAAAGCUAUCUCUUGUGAACUGAACCAACACAAUGGAUUAAAAAAUAAAUAAAUCACCCUACAUGCAUUAUUUAACUACUUAUAUGUGUGAAUGAUCAUUGUUAAUAAAAUGUCCUUUUUGGGGGCAUUACCUUUCCUUCUGAUCUCACAGUAUACCAUUCUGCUGCAACCACAUAUGUAUCUAGAAUUCUGCAUAGCAUUUAAUGACAGUCACCCAUGAAAGCUUAUGUCAUAAUAACUUUGUUCGCCUUCCUCUUUUUUUGCAUCGUGAAGCCUAACCUUUGAUUGAACUUCCUCCCGUUCAGCACAUGUGAACAUUUCAUAAGUGUAGUCAUUUGACAAGAAGAGAUGGCUGGCGUUUGUGUGUAAACUAGGAAAGUGUGCAGCUUGGGAAGCCAACAAAUGCUUUUUUUGCUUCAGGACUCGCCAUCCACGUCCCCAGCCUUGCAUCAGUCAGGAAGCUGCUUUUCAAAGAAAUGUACUUUCACUUGUUCAGGCUUCCUGUGGAAUGUCAGUGGGCUGGUGCUGAUGGAAGAUGUGUGCAAAAUCCAUCUUUUGCCAUCUCAGCUGUGCGGUGCGUGCUUUGGAUUUUAUUUCUUUGAGCGGAACGAGACAAAGAUGGGGCGAGUUAAAAGAUGCAGUAAAAGCACAGAUUAUACAGGGAAUAGUAAGCAUCUUUUGCCUACCCCUGGACAAUAUCAACAACAGUUUGUGGCAAAGCAGCUGCGGCAGCAAUAGCAAUAGCAGACGAGCAUGCUAGAAAUGACUUUGCAAAAGGUGUGUUUGAGAUCUCCUUUGUUUUCCAUUGCCCCUUCUCACGCUCUCACGUUCACCCUCUUUCUUCCAAACCCAGGUUUUAUAAGUUUAUUGCAUUUAUAUUGCACCUUUUCCUCCAAGAGGUUCUCCCUCUUCUCAUUUUAUCCUCACAACAACCCUGUGAGGUAGAAUAUGUUUGAGAGGCAGUGACUGGCCCAAGACUACCCAGUGAGCUUCAUGGCCAAGUGGGGCUUUGAACUCUGAUCUCCCAGGUCAUAGUCCAACACUCUAACCACUACACCAGCACUGGCUCUUAAAGGAUCUGCCACCACAAUUCAUAUACCCUCCCCCAAGGCAAAGUAGGUUUCCUUGACUGGAAGAGCAAAUAAUUGUCUGCCCGAGACUGUAUCUUUUCCCUUUCACAACCGAGAGCACAAGCUAUGGGUGUUUUGCUGUGAGAGUUUUGCUUGGGGCAGCUAGAGCAGGAAAGGCCUGUGCAUGAUUUCUCCCCCACCCCACCCAGAUGCUCUUCCGUAGGAAAUUCACUCCCAGGUCUUCCUGAGGCUAAGUGAGUUGAUGGUGCUUGUCAGGAACAUGGCACAAUGAGGCUGGUCACAAUGCUUUGAAAUCCAAAGCCAGAAUUGAGAUGCUAAUUCUGACCGGAGUCUUCCAAAUUUAGAAGCUGUCACAUGCUUCAGUUCAUCCCAAGGCAGUGCUUCAAAUGAAAGGCAGGAGAAUAUGCUGGAGAGAAGUUUUUACACUGGACUUGUGGGCAUGCAGACCAGAGCUAAAAUUUGCUAGUAAUCUUUCUUUGAGGGGUGGGGAACGGUCCCCUCUUUGCCAAGGUAUGGCGAUUAAAUAAUCCGGCUUGGUUCAAGCCUGUAUCAAGAGCAGCGCAACAGAUAAUGGCAGUAGAAAAUUUGAAUCAUUAACCCGGAGAGGAAAAUCCUCACUGUCAAAGUCUAGCCAAUAUUUUUAGCUCCUGCCACCCCAAGCUUUGCAUUACGCUGAUUAGCCUAUAUUUGUAUAUGUGAGAAAGUUAAAAAUAAAGCCAGUGGAAAGCGGCAACCUAGUAAUAAACCCUCUGCUUGAUAUGGAGGUUUGGGAAUGGUAAAAGUUUCAACAGUUCUCCUCCCUCGGCCUCGUUCCUGGCUCUCUCUACCCUUUAGCAUUGGCUGCAAGAUCCACGGCUAAGGAAAAGGACAUUGAAGGACAUCUUUCUCCUCACCAGCAAUCCUUUGGAAAUAAGUAGGCUGUUGUAAAUCUCCAGAACACAUAGUUGUGAAAUGGCGUUUCAGAGAGAAUUCUUUUGCAAGCAUGUGGUGCAAUCUUGGAAAAAGAGCUCUCAAGAAAUCCUCUUGGGUGAUAACAGGCAAUAUCAAAACAUGUAGCAACAUGAGCACGCAGCAAGGAUUGUGGGCCAGGCUGGAGAAAGCUUUGUAGUUUUAGUGCAUUGAGAUGAAUGAUUAAACCUGACUUCUGACUCUUGGUGUUUGUGUUUCCCAUAUCCAGGCUUUCGCUCUGUUGGUACAUGCUGGUGGGAGACCUAUAAAGAGAUUAUCCCGGGAUGGUGGAUCACUUGCUUCCUGCGGAUGAGUCCUUCUCAUCUGCAAGGCCUCUUCUCGGAUACUUUGGGGACAUGACAGCAAUCGGCAGGUCGUACCACAUGCUGCCGUCCCCCUUGUCGGAAGAUGACAGCGACUCUUCCAGUUUUUGCUCUUGUUCCAGUCCCGAUUCCCAGGUCCUUAGCUCAAGCUGCGGGAGCUCGUCAAGUGCUGAGAGUCAGGACAGCAUCUUGGACUACUUGUUGUCUCAGGCAUCCUUGGGGAAUGGCCAUGCCUCUUGGUGGGACAAAAGGAGACUUCAGCCUAUUGUGAAGGAGGAGCAUUAUAGGAUGCCCGAAUUCACAGUGGAGAUGGAGGAUUCGGGACCAUUUCAGCCCACCCUGGAGGAAAUCGAGGAGUUUCUGGAAGAGAACAUGGAGACAGAGCUCAAGGAAGGACCCAAAAGCGAGACCAAAGACAUGAGAGCUUGUGGCCAGAUAACUGUGGCUUCCAUGCAGCCCAAAGAUCACAUGGUACCCAGUAAUAGUUUAAAAGAUAGCAAAAGCGAACAGUCAAGCGGCACGAUGGAUGCAUCAAACGGAGCCAUGUCCCUCGAUGGGGGGAUCCCAGUCAUGCUCCAAAUCCAACCAGUGCAAGUUAAGCAAGCAUCGAACGCAAGCCCUAGUUCACAGGGACCUGCGCAAGAGAACAUUAAAAUCGCACAGCUCCUGGUCAACAUCCAAGGGCAAACGUUUGCACUUGUGCCACAGCUUGUUCCGUCAUCCAACUUGAACUCCUCCUCCAAAUUUGUCCGCAUAGCCCCAGUUCCGAUCGCUGCAAAACCAAUCGGGCCUGGAGGUACGAUCCAGGGGCAAACGGGGGUCAUCAUGGGUCAAAAGUUUCAAAAGAACCCUGCGGCAGAACUCAUUAAAAUGCACAAAUGUACUUUCCCCGGAUGUACCAAGAUGUACACUAAAAGCAGCCACUUGAAAGCCCACCUGAGGAGGCACACGGGAGAGAAACCCUUUGCGUGUACGUGGCCCGGUUGCGGAUGGAGGUCAGUAUUGGGGUGUGGUGGCAGGCUGGGUCACAUAAUACUGCCAUUCGUUCCACGUUAUUUGCUAGCCGGUGAUUUUGAACCAAAUUAAUUGAAGGAUGUGCCUUCUUCUCUAGUACCUGGCGAUCGUUAGAAUUUAAGCAUGUUCUCUCGAAAUGAGAUGACGCUAGCAACAUCUAUGAAUCAAAUGGCACAACCUCUUGGGCUUUAGUGGCAGAAAAGGUUUUGUUUUUCAACAAAAACAGUUGUCAUCUCAGCUCAUAAAAGAGAGAUUGAACUUGUCAGAACAGGCAUUGCGAGCUGUAUACUAUGGGCUUGGCUGCGAUGCAUUUCCUGCAAUCAGCACCAAAGGAAAGGAUAGGUGCCAAGAAGAGUUCAGUGGUGAAGCACAGGAUUUGAAUACAAAAAAGUCCCAGGCUCAAUCCUCUCCAGUUAAAUGGUUGAGUGGCAGGUGAGAUGACAGUACUAGGCUAGAUGGGCAAAGUAUUUUGACAGCUUCAUAUGUUCCUAUAAUUGCAGUUAGUGACAAAAGAGGGAGGGGGAAUUAUCAAUUAUAUAUCCAUAUUCACCAUCUUUAAGUGAAUGCAUACAAUCAGACACAUGGAAAUCUCUGCUUUCUGAAUGGCUUGACACUCCUGACUGAAUCAACACAAAUUCCACAAGACUUUGCAAAUCUGGUCUGCUAAAUGUCUGUUGACCUGCAUCUCAUCCGUGUGCUGAGCAUCUUUGUUGUGGCUUCCACCCCUGAACUUGUGAGGCGAUGUCAAAUGCCAUCUUGCAGUGGGUGGUACUUACUACAUGUUGCAGUUGGGCAUGGAUACUUGAGGAUGAAAUAGGCAUGCUUCUUUUCAGAAUGGGGAAGGCUUAGUCAAAAUGCCUCCAAACCCUCUGUUUUCCGCAGGCUGUAAGUAAGAGAGACUAGACAGAGGAAUCGCUGUGUAAUCGCUGUGGUUUCCCUAUGGCGUAGGAUCCAAUGUUGGUCAUGCCUGGAGGCAUGAGAUUCUCGGUUGGACAUUUGGCUUGACUCAGUAUUUAUCUUCUUCAAUUUCCAUAUUUGUGACACUUCCCUAGGUUGAUUGCCCUAUGCCUGCAAGGAGCGACUCAUAACAUUUCUCACCCGUGGUUUUUAGGGAAAUAGUUGAUUAUUAACUACGCAGUUGGCCUCCUGUCCUGAUGGCUUCCUGUCAUGGCAUUUAGAAUAUUUGCUCUCCCUAACAGUGAACCCUAAUGUAAAUAUUUUUGUGGAAAAUUUUGUUUCUGUGAGCGGGGGAUGUGAGGAAAUUAUGACAAAUGUUCAGAUUUUUUUUAAAUGCUGGUGAAGGAAAAUGAUUUUGGUAUUCUGUAGCCAAUGGACUUGAAAUCCCAGCAAGCCUGUCUGAGGACUCUCAGUGACUGUCCAGUCCUCUUUGCUCUUCCAUCCUUUCUUCUGAGGAUGUACUUUAUGAAAGCCACAAAUGUACGUCAUUUUCCUAACUUCAAGGGAAGUGAGCAUGGAUCGCAUGAGCAGAAGAUGUCAAGAGGGCAGUGGGUGAAACUGUCACAAGUCGUAGAGAAGAGCCUGAAAUCACCAAUUUUAAAAAUUUAUUUUUUAGUAUGCUUUAGGACAGGGUUUCUCAAACUUGGGUCUCCAGCUGUUUUCAGACUACAACUCCCAUCACCCCUAGUUAGCAGGAAAAGUAGUCAGGCAUGAUGGGAAUUGUAGUCCAAAAACUGCUGGAGACCCAAGUUUGGGAAACUCUGCUUUAGGGCACAGGUGGGGGACCUUUGGUCUCCAAAUGUUGUUGUACUGCAGCUCCCAUAAGCCUUGAGCUGGGGCUGAUGGGAGUUGUAGCUCAGCAACACCCAGAGAGCCCAAAGUUCCACACCCCUGCUUUACAGCAAGAGUGAGGAACCCUUUUCAGCUUGAGGGCCACAUUCCCUUCUUGGCCACUGUUCAGAGGCCACAUGCAAGUGUUGGGUGAGUCUGGAAGCAAAUUGGGUGGAGCAACAAAUGCAAAUGUUACCUUUGUGCAGUAGGUGAGUUUCUACACCCGCUUACACAGCACGAUCUAUCCUCCGUCCAGACAAGCAAGGGGCAUUGACAGAAUUCUAGGAUACUUUCCAGCCAUGCAGAAGCACUCAUGAGAAGAUGGGCCAGUGAUGGCUUGUGGCUAAGGCAGGACAUGUGGCCUGAGGGCUAGAGAGAGAGGCCCGGAGUGCCCAACCCUUAAACAGAGUAAGAACUAAUAUCUAAGAUACCUUCUUUAUGAGGUUCGGCUUUGUGGAAUGUCACAAAGUUCAGAAAAUGGCAGCUGUACAUUUAUCACAGGAGAGAGGGCAGUGGAUAUGGCCCAGGCGAUAUGUUGCAUUGCUGUGAUGGGGAAUGUGCUUGCAUUGAUGACUGCCUGCGUCCUUGUGAGUAACAGCUGACUAGCAUGAGUGAUGUACACCAGCCAUGGAUGAUUGUCCACCAGAGGUUUGAUAGACCUCUCAUGUUUUUGCUGCCUCUGCAAAAAGCAGGGGAAGGGACAGCAUGCACCUUGCUGGCCACAAUGCACAGCUGUGAUCUGCUUUGGUGCAUUGUGAGUUGGGUAGGCCUGGUACUGUGGCAUCCAGGGUCUAAGUGCUGUGGAGAACAGUGGCGUAGUGUGGGUUGUCAGCACCCGGGGCAAGGCAAGUAAUUUGCGCCCCCUCCAGGUAGGGGCAGAGAGCUGCGAGUGCGAGUGCGCCCCCCCAGAUGUUGCGCCCGGUGCAGCCGGCCCCCCUGCACCCCCACGCUACGCCACUGCAUCACCAGAGGUCUUCCCCUUUCUUUACUUGAGAAACUACACAUCCUGCAGAUCCUUACGCCCUUUAAUCUUUUUGGGUGGGAGCUAUUAUGUUAACUGCAUCAGCUGAUAUGUACAUUUGACAGCUCUAGCUCAUGGUCAGUAUGAGGAGGAGACUUAUGGAAGACAGCAGAUCAACAGAUCAGUGGCAGAUUGCAGGCAGGCAAGAUUAUUCAAGGAGAUGGCAGAGUAUGGCCACUGCAGGGUGUGGAUUGUGUGUAAAGGGCAGGGCUUGGGUGGAGCAUAGCUUUCAGAGAGUCUUGAGGGCCAGAGAGGGCCCAGGGUUUCCCACCCCACAUUUGCAAUGGGCAUUUGUUAUUAAAAGGAAGGAAGAGGCGGCCGCCCAUUUUCUAAGGAGUUUGUUUCUUCCAGUAUACCUCUCUAGGAUUAGUCCAGAAUUUCAGUGCACACUUAUGUGGUGUUUUUGGCCAUCAAAGUGAGAUUGGCAAGUGGCUGGAGGUAACUGAGCCCAAAAUUGCACAGCUUUCCUUUUAUCAGCAGAGAAUGUUUACUUUCCAGAAGUUCAGAGAGAGCUGGGACCUCACAUGACUUGUGUGUGCCGAGUACACCUGGAGCUUCUGUUCUUUUCCAUUUUUCUUUAUCGCCCUGUAUUGAACACACAGGCCCAAGAGAUACACUUCUGGUAUUUUUCCUUUAGUUGUUUUCUUUUCCUCUUUGUGUAGGACUCCUUUUUCCAAACAGAUGCAUUUCAGGUGUUUGUUUGCAUCAAGAGCAAUUAAAGAAAAUUGCCCUGGUCUGUGUAAAUGGAAACACAAUACUUAGAAUCAAAGAACUGUAGAGUUGGAAGGGACCUGAAGGGCCUAAGGCAUCCAUUGCAGAUGGCCAUCUAACCUCUGCUUAAAAACCUCCAAGAAAGGAGAGACCACAACCUCCCGAGGGAGUCCGUUCCACUGUCAAACAGCUCCUACUGUCAGAAGGUUUUUUCUGAAGUUUGGUCGGAAUCUCCUUUCUUAUAACUUAGCUAUGGACAGCACUAAAGCUGCUCCUUCUUUUAGAUGAGACAGUGAGGUUAAAAACAAAAUGAAUAGCUUCCCUCAAAAGAGAACCUGGGUAUUCAAAAUGCACCAGGAAAUCUGAUGUACCUAUAUUCUAACACAUCUACUACAGAUUGGCUUCUCCAUUUCUCCAUUCUUCUGUUGCAGGGGUAGUCAGUGUUGUGCCUUGCAGAUAUUAUUGGACACCAUUUCCCAUCAGCCCCAGUCAGUCUGGCCAGUGCUCAGGGAAGUUGGGAGCUGGAGUGUUACAAUGCCAGGGAGCCACCAUGUUGGCUACCCCAUGCUGCUGUGUGGUACGACCCUCCUUCGGUCUGUAGUAUGAUGGCUGCAGCAACAGCAAUGACUUUGCUUCACAGGCUGUUAUCUAACCACAGUUGCUCAUCUUACAGUAGUGCAUUACUACCGUAGUAGAACAUCAAAACACAUUUAAAGUAGGCAAGGCAGAAUCAAAUGGAUCUUUCUCUGCUCCUUCUCCAUGGGGAAGGACCAAACCUAAGUAGAGUCAAGUAGAUGCUGAAGGAGCCAAGUUUAGUGCCUGGCACCUCCAGUAAAGACCCAUCAGGUGAUGGGAAAGGUCUGUGUCUUGGAGACCCAGAGAGAGAGAGAGAGAGAGAGAGAGAGAGAGAGAGAGAGAGAGUGUCACUGCUAGCCAGACAAUGCCAAACUGGUAGGAUAAAUAUAUGGUCUGACCUGAUGCAAGGCAACCGAAAGGUGUUGCCUGAAACCCUGGAUAUCUUCUGCCAGUCAAGAGUAAAUAAUAAUGAGCUAGGCAAAACAUUGGUCUGACUCAAAAUAAGGCAGCUUCCUAUAUUUUGAGCCAGACCAGUUUCGCUUCACCAGGGUGGUGGCCUCCCUUGCCUUCAGACCAUACCCUGGGACCAUUUAUCGUCUUUGUUACUGUUGUACCAUUAUGAGAGCCUACAAAAUAAAUAACCUGUUGUGUAAAGCAAUCAAACAAGCCCUGCAGGCAAAUGACAAAUAUCUCCCAUUGGAACGGACGCCUUCCCACGAUUACACUGCAUCUCCUCUAUGAAUGCAGUUCAAGGUGUUUGUUUGCUUAUUUAUUUUAUUUCACAAAAUUUAUAUACCACAUGAUUGUAAGAAAACCUCUUAUGCAGUUUACAAAAAAUAUAAAAUAAAACAUUCAAAUUAUCAUUAAAAACAAUUUAAAACUGGCAGUAUGUGGUUAGCAAGAGUUGAGUGUUACCAGAACUUGGGAUGAAGCAAUCGGCAAACACAAAAUGUAAGUGAGCUAUGGACUUAUAAUUUGGAAAGCCAUCAAUACACUUAUAAUGGCUGGACCGCCAUAAUUAACUCAGAAAUGCAUUUUUCAUUCAAAAAUCCAAUUUGGAAUCUGCUACGGUUCACAUAGUUGAACUCAGAUUUCAUGCUGAAUGCAGAUAUCCAAUUCCUGGGUUGGUAUUUGACCUAUGAAAUCGAUAUUUAACCCCCCAUCUUUGAUAUUUUAGGAUGUGUGAUACCUGAAAUUCUAUAUAUCAGUCCUUGGAACUUGAAACAUACCAGCUUUUCCUUCAGAAUACCAUUCCUUUGUGUGUAUAUAAAUCUGAUAAGUAAAUAAAAAUAAAAUAAUGUUUGUCAAUCAAGGUGCUAUAAUUCAAGGGUGGGAAACGAUAAUCGUUUUAACUGAGAAGCAUUUGAACCUGGGUCCUCAGAUGCUGUCGAACUACAACUCCCAUCACCCUUGACCAUUGGCUAACCUGACUCGGGAUGCUGGGAGGUGUAGUCUAACAAAUGCCUGGGAUUUGAGGUUGAAGAAUACUGAUGUAGGACAUAUGGAGACACAGCAGUGCCUAUUGGCUACUACUUGUACCUUUUCUUUUAUGCAAGGCAUUCAGCACAGCUGCACUAGAAAGCAGAUAUAGUCCAUUAGCUGCAGUCUGCACACUUCUAAAGCACCCGCCAUCACAUAAGAAAAUGUGGGUGGGUUUUUGAAAAACAAGGAAGCUGGACUGGCGGUGCAUAAUAUGAAGGUGCAAUUAACUGACACAAAGCAAAUUGUGUCUCUUGAUGUGCAGUUCCAGAGGGUUCCCCUCUCUGAAUCAAGGUGCAUAGUAUCCGAGGCACUUGAGACAGAAAAUCCACAAGUACCUCUCCCUGGGAGUAAAGGCACAACAUCCAAUUAAAUAACUAACAAAUUGCUGCCCUUCUAUGACACCCCUAAACCAACCUGAGGCAGCUGCUUCACUCUGCCAGCAACCCUCCACUGAAGCAUGCUUAAAUCCCACUGAAGCACUUUUUACCCAGAUUUUCUGAGCAAUUAACAUAUGGGAAAAGAUCUCCCCCUUUCUCACUUUCGGGGCUCAGCUAAUUGCUGUGAAACCCAGGCAGCUUGCUACCAUGAUUCCAGGAUCUGUCACAUGUCCUGCUUGUUUGACCCGAGAACCACCUGUGAUUGAAUCGAACUCUUUAAGGAUAUGUUACAUCAUUCCAUGCGCACCAUGACACAAAGGCCAGCCAAAACGAGCAAACAAAAGUUGGUAAGGCUAGUGUGUGGCGAUCGCAAGGGAUUCUACGUGCUUCAGAUGUUCACCUUUCGAGUCUUUUCUUUUGUAUAAACACGCAGGGAUCAGGGAGUGUAUUUCUGCUGGAAUAGUAAGCUGAUCUUUCCCAGCAAGCUGGGCAACAGCAUAGCAACAUUGUUACCUGAUCAACUGCAGGGUUUAGGCAUGAGGUAAAGAAUAUUCUUAUCAUAUUAACUCACGCUGCUUUCCAUGGCUCAGAUAGCACAUAUCUUUGAGGUGCUCAUGCAUCUGCCCCUGAUUUUGCUAAUAAUAAAAACUCAUCCCAAUGGACUCAGCAUUUGUGUGUGUGUGUGUGUGUGUGUGUGUGUGCAGAAAUAAAUCCAAGCCUCACACAAUGAUGGCACAGGAAUUUGGCACACCUGCAUUUCUCUUGAGAAUUAUUAUUUUUUGCUUAAAAACAAAACAAAAUGCAUUCACCUAAACAUAGCAAUCUACUAUCUUUUCAGGCAAACACAUUUUACAGAUUUCCUUUCUCUUCCAAUUUGCAUUUAGUAAAUGACUGCGGCUUCAUUCAUUUACUACAAGCAAACAGCUGACAGCACUUCUUAAGAAUUCUUUUCAGUGCCAACCUUUGCUACUGUUCUAGCUGACACCCACUUCAAAGCACCAUCUUUCGAAAGGGGCAGUUGUGCAUCCUGAACACGUGGGGUUUUCAGAGGAGUUUCAGCAUUAUGCGGAGCUAGAAAUCAGCAUUGUCCUGCCUUGCAGCUCUAUGAAUUCAUCUCAGUAUUGACAGCACAGUGGUACCUCGGGUUACAGACGCUUCAGGUUACAGACGCUUCAGGUUACAGACUCUGCUAACCCAGAAAUAGUACCUCAGGUUAAGAACUUUGCUUCAGGAUGAGAACAGAAAUCGUGCAACGGCAGUGCGGUGGCAGCAGGAGGCCCCAUUAGCUAAAGUGGUGCUUCAGGUCAAGAACAGUUUCAGGUUAAGAACAGACCUCUGGAAUGAAUUAAAUUCUUAACCUGAGGUACCACUGCAUUUAGGGUUUUUCUUUUCUUUUCCCCUUUCCUGAUGUUAGGCAGGAGCUGCCUAAGAUAUAAGCUCAGAGAGUUAUAUUGCUAGCUGAGGGUCUCUCUCUCUCCUCUCUCCACAAUCUGACUGAGCCUUGUUGUGUUCAAAAUGGCGUUGUUCUGUGCCUUCCGAUAUGAGAGGAACAUUUGUAUGAGACAGUGUCACACUCUUCCUCCUUUGAAAUCAGUGCCAGUGGAUAUGCAAUGACUACUUUUAACUAUGCUUGGUGGCCGACAUCUGCCUCUGUGCUGCUAGCGGUUCAUGGAUAAUGACUUUGUCCCAAUGUAUUGGAGAAUUUCCCACAUGUUGCCACCAUUUUGGGGACAGGUCUGCUAGAGCAUGUGGGGAAUAGCUUGAUGUCAAAUGUGAGUCACUGCAUUUAUUGAUUGAUUGAUUGAUUGAUUCAUUCCUCUCCAUUGAAUUUGCUUGACAAAGGUGUUUGGCAUACGAGACCGUUCUUCUUCAGCAGGCAAUUGAAGGGGAACUUUUCAGUUUUUACGAGUAAUUUUAAUCAAUCCUAUCCAUUGCAUGCUUUUUAAUUUUUAUGUACACCACUUAGAAACAUUGGUAAUUAACUGGUCUACACAUAGCUUAAACAAAUGACUCAGUAAGAGAUGCUUGACAGUGGAACAGACUACCUCAGAAGGCUGUGGACUCUCCUUCACUAGAAGUUUUUAAACAGAGGUUGGAUGGCCAUCUGUCAGGGAUUCUUUAGCUGUGAUCCCUGUCAAUCAGCUGAUUGUCAGGGCUUGCAAAGCACUAUGCACUGUGGUGUGCAUAACCUGAUGAUCACUGGGGUUUCUGUACACAGUGCUAUGGAAAAACAGAUCACAGAGUGUAAUUGUGAUGCCAGGUGACUGACAAGUGGGCAGCCCCGGCCCAUAGGGGAAUGGUUUAUGGGCAAAUGAUACUGUUACCUUGAUAUAGGUAGGGUGGAUUGAGUCUGCUCAGUGCCUUGAGGGGAGACUGCCCAGGAAAUCCAUGUAUGUCAUGUUGAGUUCCAUGUUGGGAGAAAGGCAGGAUAUCUACUAAAAUAAAUAAAAUUAUAGGGAUUACAGGAUAGAAAGUACCUUGGUUAAGCUUUUGUGGAAGAACUAUACCAUAUGAACAAAGAUUUCAAAAGGGGAUUUACAGCUGCCAUCUGUGAGAAAUUCUCCAUUUUGUUCUGUUGAAACUGGAUGAAAUCCAGGAGAUCUUGUCAUAAUAAGAGAAUAACCUGAGGUAUUUGGAGAAAUGGUUGGAAUUGUUGCACAACAGCAGCCAGCUCUGCUAUUCAUGUAUAUGUUUGUUUUACAUGCAAUUUUGUUCUGUCUGCUUAUAAAUCACUUCUUGUCUUCUUUUCAUAGUGUGACUUCGUCCUUUGGUUUUUCAUGCAUUGAUGACAACCAAAGACAACAACCUACUGAUAACCCUUCCUCUCCCCCCUUACUGACUUUCAGGUUUUCACGAUCAGAUGAACUAUCCCGGCACAGGCGCUCGCAUUCUGGAGUGAAGCCGUACCAGUGCCCCGUGUGUGAGAAGAAGUUUGCUCGGAGCGACCAUUUGUCCAAGCACGUCAAAGUCCACCGGUUUCCUAGAAGCAGCCGCUCGAUGCGCUCAGUGAACUGAGGGGGGGGGGUGUCUCACUUUCUCCUUUCCACCCCUUCACCCAUGAACAGGAACUGACAGAACUUUGUUCGGUAUCCUCCUCACGAUAAUUUAUUUGUCUCCCUGUAACAGCUGAUGCCAUGACUUCACACACAUCUAUUUUUUAAAAAAGAAAAAGAAGAAAAAAAAACCCACCCACCACCUUUACCUUAUUUCUUUUCCUUUCCUUUGCUGAUGCUUCUUCCUUUUGAAAUUACAGUGUUUUAUUUUUAGCUGUUUUCUCCUUCACCAUGAUAAUUUAUGGGCUACUUGCUGCUAGUUAAUUAUAGUUCUGGCAUUCCUGAAGGCUUUGCUCAUGUACAGGGCUAUUCGUUGUGAGGGGUAAUUUUUUUUUUAAAGCAUUCUUAUUAAGUUGGCCUAUUUGUCCAGUUUGGAAACAGCAAAUUCCUUUCGAAAUUAAAACAAUGCCUUUUUGGCAAGGUUGGGGUGGGGUGGUAGGCUUAUAUAUUUUGUUGAGGUGAUGGUGUUCCUUAUCUAGGAGUUUGUAGAGGCCUGGUAGUCCUGUCAGGGCAGAGGCCUUUGAUGGCUAAGGCCCACUCAGCAGUAGAAGCAUGGAGAAUAAGGCCAUCAAUGACUAUUAGCCAUGGCGGCCAUGUUCCAUCUCCACUGUUGGAGCUAACACAUGCCUCCAAAUACCAGGUUUUGGGACUUCCAGGCUGGGAGAGUGCUUUUGCACUCCGGUCCUCCUUGAGGGUUUCCCAUAGGCAUCUGGUUGGCCACUGUGAGAACAGGAUGCUGGACUAGAUGGGCCUUGGGCCUGAUCCCACAGGGCUCUUCUUAUGAGCAGGAAGGCCCCCAAAUGCAGCACACAUUUUGAAGUCAUACACAGCCACCUAUAGAGGGAUGCCUCAUGCGACUGUUAGGUCCAGAGUCUAAAAUGAUCUAGCUGCCCCACUGUAGAGGUUAUCAAAUGAGGAAGGGCAAAAGGAGCAUAUUGGGUGUACGAUGUGUGUAUUUGUGUUUCUGUGUGGGAAAUUGCAAGCCAGCUGGUAUUUUGCUGCACAAUAUCCUGUCAGCUGCCAGAAUUGUGGCCUGAAAAACUCAUAAGGUCCAGAUCCUUCCUAGUUCUGCUGGAGUCUUGUCAGGGCCUGUUCUCAUAAGCCACUAAAUUAAUCCUCCCUGGUUCCUUUCCAGGCUGACAAGAGUCUUCCAUGUUAUCUCCUAUUCCACCAGUGUGUAUUGAUUCCACCCCUUGCCCCUCCUGAGGUCAGUAUUUUUGAAAUCAAAAAGCUGGCAACCAAAGGAGGAAGAAACAAAAGGAUAAAAUGUGGAAUGUAUGUCCUUUGCCCAAUCAUCCAGAUUACUAAAACACACCAAUCUCAUUCAGUUCAUGGAUGAUAAAUAUACAUAGGGUGAGGUGCAUCUCAGCGACAGACUCUGCCCCCCUCCAGUCUUUGGGAGCAGUUCUUGACUGCUGCUUCAUAGGUCUCAAAGUCACAGUCCAGCCAUAAUCCAAAGUAGGCUGACAGUACAAUAGCUGAUCAGUGUGUUUGUGUGUGAGUGUAGCUGGUGUUAAGGCAGAGCGUUGAAUGUUGGCUUCCUAUGGAGCCCAAAAUAUAGCCAGGCCAAUGUGCUCUAUAAAAUAUUUUUCAUUGGAGAGGAGUGAUGCUCACAGGCCUGUACAAAUGAUGCUUGCUCUUUGGCAAAGAUUCAUAGUCCGGUGAUCAUGAUGUGGGAGGACUGGAUGUAAGAGUGAUACCUUGUUUUUGCCGCUUCUUGGGCCACUGCGUUUUCACCAUGCAAUAUAGCCUGCAUCACGUACCAUUCCUGCAGGAGCCUAAGGUACCUCCUGCCAAAAGUUACAACCUCCUCCUCACGUGGCUUUUGAUGGGCACAGAAGUAACUGGGAUGGCUCUUUGCAUCUUCCCAGAUGGAUGUGUGAAGAAAUGCUGGACUCAUCCCCCGCCCCCCCCGUUUACAGCGUGGAAUGAAAUCCUUAUACACCCCCCCCCCAGUCACUGGGGAGGGAGGACUUAAAAGACUUAUUGAAUGUUUUGCGAAAGCACUUUUUUUGAGCCGUAGGAGGCAAGCACCCCCCAAAUGUGGAGUAUCCUCAUGGGCUGCUAUUUGGAGAGCAAUGCAACUGGGGCAUCGUGCAUUUUAGCCAGCUGGUGCAGUAGCUGUCUCAAGGGCUAAACAACAACAACAAAAAAGGGAAUACGUACAUACAUAUAUAUAUCAAUAUAUAUAUAUACUUAUAAUGCAAUGCUGGCAGCAAAAUUAUUGUGUUAGGAAAUUUUCCCCCUGCACCCCCUCUUUUUCCUUUAUUUAUGUACUCAGCUGAUCGUAGGAAGCUUUCUAGCAAAAUAGAAUCUGGUAAUUAGAGAAUAUUUGUUUAAAGCAAAAUACAGUUGAGCGUGUUGCAUCUCUUCUCUGAUCAUAGACGGUGCCUGUGUCCGUCAGCACAACUGAGUAAACGUUAGCCGUGACUCAACCCCUCUGAAAGCAAUGGGACGGGAUUAGUAGCUCCUACCUGAAGAUCCAUUGGUUUCAAUGGGACUUGGUUGCAAUUAACUUCUGUAGGAUUAAGCCUUGUCUGUCUUGUCAACUUUUUUGUUAGCCAAAUGGGAAAUAAAACACUGCAAUUCUAGCGUUCGUACCAGGUCAAAAUGCAGGCCACGUUCGAGCAAGAGCUCCACUCACUACCUUCAUCUAGGAAUGCAUUCCUUUUGUCGUCUAAGAAACAAGUAUAAACAAAUCUUUCUUCUAUUGACUGGUUUUUAUCUCACAUCCUAUGAAUGUAUGUAAAUAAAACUGUACAUAUUGCAUAUCUAUAUAAAAUAUCUUUUAAUAACGUAUGAGAAAAUUGUGUAAAUUUGAAACAAAAGAAUAUCUUUAAAGCCAGUGUACAUAAGUUACAAUCCUGUAUAUUUUUUUCUUUUGUUCUUCAUAAAAUAUAUUUACUUUGACAAUAAAAAGAAAAUUGAAAUUUU